AUGCACCGGCUGCAGGCAAUUUCUUGCCUCGUCGUGCCACUAGGGGCAGUUACGAUUCAUGUGCCCUCUCGCGCCCGCCAGCGUUGGCGGCACAUGUGCCGUGAGGAGCAAGUCAAUGAGGGGCAAAUGCUGUCUGGUCUCAUCAGCGCGCGGCAGGAGCUCUUGGACGAAGUGGUCUCGGAGGUUGUGGACAAGGUGCCCAGCCGUCCAGACCCCUUGCAGCCGUCGGAGCGCGUGCCGGAAAGCUGCAGGUUCGAUGCUGCUGCUCUGGAUGGUGCGCUCGAGAUCUUCGGAUUUGCACGCAACGAGAUCGAGUGCCCGGAUGUGUUCAUGAAAGCUGUUGUAACCUACGCGCGACACCUCAUCGCCCAGCGACGUCUUCACGAGUAUGAUAUCAUGCACGAAGUCAUCCGCGCAGAGACCGGCUAUCGGAUUGCGAAGCUCGCUGGCCGAAGUCCAGACCUUGCGGGAUUUGCCGUUUUCAUGGAGGUACAGCAAGAACUUGCCGAAGCAUUGGCAGGCUGGUCCUUGUGGGAGUAUGAGUUCACGCACUGGCGUUAUCACAAACGGCAUGCGGGCGGUGACGAGUUCGACCAACUUUACAACGCCCACAGAACGCCAGAGUACCAGCACCUGGCAUGUCCGGCGGUGCCUUUGGCGUACCGCUUCUGGUCGAACUUCCCAACUUGCGCUCCAUCGCGUCUUCGAGACCUGGCACGUUUCACGGAUGCAUAUGUGUCCGGUAUGACCGUGGACAACUGGCGGGCAAGUUAUCGGGAUUUCCUCAGCGAGGACUACAACUACAACGUCUCGCACUUCGCUGGCGGUGACCCGACGUUUCGUCUGUCCAAGGGUGCUCACUCCCUCUUUGCGGGCGUUUUCAUCCAGAAGAUGCCCACAGACCUGUGGUGUUACCAGCAGGUCAUCCAUGAUCUUCGACCCAUGUACAUCAUCGACCUUGGCAGCUCCCAAGGAGGCAGCGCCGUAUGGUUCGCGUCCAUGCUGAAGCUCUUCGAUAUUCCGGGCAAGGUCAUUUCCGUCGACUUGGCCCUGGAGCAGGCCUAUUGGCUCACGAAGCAGCGAGCGGAGGCUGCUGUGCAGCGGCUUAAGCUCGAGUCUUUCGUGGAUUGGAACUACGUGACCGGUGGCUCCAAGAACAAAGAGGUCAGGGCAAAAGUCAAGCGGCUUUGCAAACAAGGUCCUUGCAUGGUGGUGUCAGACUCCGAUCACGACUACGAGCACACGUACCACGAAAUGGAGUGGUACGCAAAGCAUGUGAGCGUUGGUCAGUACUUGAUCGUCGAGGACACCAAUAUCUACGGCUGGACGGGCUGGGUGAACAUCAAUGAUCCCAACGAGGCGGAGCUCCGGAAAGGACCCAUGGAAGCCGCCAACGACUUCGAGCUAGCGCAAAGGGCAGACUUCGUCCGGACGGAUUGGUGCGCCAAGCAUUACGGUGGACUCUCUCAAACGCAGAACGGUUGGUUCUUCCGCAAAGCAAAACGCUCGCGCGGACUCUCCCCAUGA